GUGGUUACAUGCGUGUUCGGUGGAGGCGCCUCUGUCGGCAAAUUUGCCGGCCUGGCGUCCAUCUUUUCAUUUGUUUACAGCAUCAGCAAACUAAAUUCGGCCUCAUCGAGUUUUCCGAUUUCCUGACAAUUUUUCCUUCUUUAGGAGGAGAAACAAAGGUACAAUGUCGCUGCCCUCAAAUUACAAGCAAAUCGCGGCCUCGCCCCUGUUGCCGGCUGCGAACCCUCUGCUAACGGCUGGAGCGCCGCUCAGCUUCAACAUCCUCAAAGAGAGGCUGCGAGCUUCAACUUCCACCAUGGCCACGAGUUCAGGGAGCCCUUUCGUGCAGACCGUUCACAGUCACCCAGGCUUCACUCCGCAGAAAGUUGGCAAAUCCUCGGCUGUGGACCCGCGCGCUCCCAAACCCCCCAAGCCGCCCGAGAAGCCGUUGAUGCCAUACAUGCGGUACAGCCGUAAAGUGUGGGACACGGUCAAGGCGCAGAACCCUGAGCUCAAACUCUGGGAGAUCGGCAAGAUUAUUGGCCAGAUGUGGAGGGACCUGCCCGAGGAGGACAAAACCGAGUACGUCGAGGAGUACGAGGCUGAAAAGUCCGAGUAUGAAAAGUCCCUGAAAGCGUAUCACAAUUCCCCAUCCUACAUGGCCUACAUUACUGCAAAAAACCGUGGCAAAUCUGGCCAGCAAAUCGCUGACGAAGAUCGCUCUUCUUCGAGCAAGGGAGUUGAUCGGAGAAUUGACAUCCAGCCUGCUGAAGACGAAGAUGACCAAGAUGACGGUCUCUCUGUGAAGCACGUAGCUUACUCCCGUUAUCUGCGAAACCACCGGCUCAUCAAUGAAAUUUUCUCUGACGCCGUUGUGCCUGAUGUGCGCUCGGUGGUCACCACCGCCAGGAUGCAGGUGCUCAAAAGGCAAGUGCAGUCUCUGACGAUGCACCAGAAGAAGCUGGAGGCUGAGUUGCAGCAGAUCGAAGAAAAGUUUGACGCCAAGAAGAGGAAAUUCCAGGAGAGCAGCGAAGUGUUCCAAGAGGAGCUGAAAAAGCACUGUCAAAGAGCUGUUGAUGAAGAUACUUUCAACAAGAUGGUGGAGCGUCAGAUAGAGCUGCUGAAGAAGGAGCGUGAGGAGCGCGCCCAGAGGGCCGUCGUGCCGCCAGCGGCCGCUCCAAGCCCGGCCCCUGUGUCUGAGGAGCCAGAACCAGUCGCCCAGCCAGCCGCGACCAUUGCAGAAGCCACUCCUCAGCCAGCACCUGAAGGAGAAACCAAACAGCUGCUUACUGACGAGCAAACUGUGCCAGAAGUUGAGUCGGUGUCAGCCCCACAGGAAAUGCAGCCUGUUGCACCAGCUCCUGUGGCUGCAGCUGUGCCAAUUGACGAGCCAGCUGUCCAAGAGAGAUCUGGAGCAGAGUCCUCGGAAGACUCUCAGCCUGCAGCCCCGGCUGCUCCUUCAGCAACAGCAGCAGUCCCUCUACCAGGUGGUAGUGAAGACUCUGCUUCACAGCCAGAGCCCAUGGAAGAGGCAAGCAGUGAGCCAGAGGCGGACAACUCUUCGUCUGGGCCCCCGUCGCUGCCUCCGACGCCUGCUGUUGUCCCACCACCCCCGCCAGCUACUAUUGACGAGUCGGCCACCGACGUGCCGCCCUUCCCUCCGCGUCCUGCGCCGCCAAUGCAGCCGCAGGGCCCGCCGCCUGCCGCUCUGCCGCCCCAAGGGCCGCCUGGGGCCCAGGGUCCUCCGCAUGCUCAGCAAGGCCCUCCCCCGGGCCAACCGCAACCGCCUGUGGCUCCUCCACAGAACCAAUACAUGAUGUCUCAGCAGCUGCCCCCGCGACCGCCCCCUCAGCAGUACCCCCAGUUCCCACCAGGGGCGUACCAACAAUACUCGCAGUACCCGCCGCCACCUCCGCACAUGGCCUACUACGGCCAGGCUGGCUACCCGCCCCCGCCGCAGCAGGGCCCCCAGCAGCAACAGCAGUAUCCAGGAAUGCCCCCACACCCGCAGGCGCACCCACAGGCGCACCCACAGGCGCACCCUCAGGGCAUGCCACCACACCCCAUGGGCCCACGGCCGGGCAUGCCGCCCCACCAUUAUCCCCCUCAAAUGCAGCAUGAGGUCGGUAUUCCUCCCCAUCACGAAAUGUAUGCUGGGCCCCCGCCGCAGGAAAUUGGCGCAGAGCGGCCUGGUCCGAUGCCAGGCAUUUCCCCUCAGCACGAUGAUAUGAUGUACCAGGGUGAAGGCCCUAAGCUUCCUACUGAGGGCAGCCAACCGCCGAGCCAAGGCGGUGGAGCUGGAGGCACUGGAAGCGGCAAGAGGGGCCGCGGAGGCGGCGGCCGUGGCUCUCGCGGCGCUAGGGGUGCCAGGAGCUCUUCCAAAGCGUCUUCACCAGCAGGGCAACCAGGGAGUCCGCAGCAACAGGGACCACCGCCCCAAUCAGGGCCUCCCCACCCUCAGAUGGGUGGUGGACCGCCCCUAGGAUGAUUUCUUUUGUAACGCUCUACAAUCCAGUCCUUGCAUUUUUCUCUUGCUAAAUACUUGAGUCUGUUUGGAAGGAAUCCUCUUAAAUCUUGUAAAAUUUACGUGAUUAGGAUUUAAAUAUGACCUCUACAAAGUAUCUAAAUUUUAUUAUUUGCUUGUUUUGCUAAUGGUGUAAAUUAAACUCUUGAGAUAUAUACAUAA